CUCCUCCGUUACAUUAGUCCUGAGAAAAAUACACCAUAUUCCAUACCAAAGUGUAUUCAUGGCUUCUACUUGUUCUUAUGUAGUUGGUUGUGCUUCUUCUUCCUCUCUCUCUGUUACCAAAAAAUAUGAUGCUUUCAUCACCUUUAGAGGAGAUGAUACUCGCAGCGACUUCGCAAGCCAUCUUCAUGCUGCUCUGCGCAGAAACAACGUCGAUACAUACAUAGACUACAGGAUCGAGAAAGGAGCUAAGAUUUGGCUAGAAAUCGAGAGAGCCAUCAAAGACUCCACUCUCUUCUUGGUUAUCUUCUCCGAGAACUACGCAUCUUCUAGCUGGUGCUUGAAUGAACUCCUCCAACUAAUGCAAUGCAAGAAACAAGAAGAAAACGUUCAUGUUAUUCCCGUGUUCUACAAAAUAGACCCGUCUCAGGUACGCAAACAGAGCGAGAACUAUCACGUGGCAUUUGCAAAACACAAGAAGGAUGGAAAGGUGAGUGAAGAGAAGAUGCAAAAGUGGAAGGACGCUCUCAGUGAAGCAGCCAAUUUAUCUGGCUUCCAUUCUAACACAUACAGGACUGAACCUGACUUGAUUGAAGACAUUAUCAAAGUUGUUUUGCAAAAACUAGAUCACAAGUACCCAAAUGACUUUAGAGGCCCUUUCAUAUCUAACGAGAACUAUACAAACAUUGAAUCUUUUCUGAAUAUUAAUUCAAAGGAAGUUAGAAUCAUUGGAAUUUGGGGCAUGGGAGGUAUUGGUAAAACAACUCUUGCUGCUGCUAUUUUUCAUAAGGUUUCUUCUCAUUAUGAAGGCACUUGCUUCUUAGAAAAUGUGGCUGAGGAAUCGAAAAGGCAUGACCUAAACUAUGUAUGCAACAAACUUCUUUCUCAGUUACUAAGGGAAGAUCUUCAUAUUGACACUCUUAAAGUGAUACCUUCUAUUGUUACAAGAAAACUCAAGCGCAAGAAAGUUUUUAUCGUGCUAGAUGAUGUGAACACUUCCGAACUUCUUGAAAAAUUGGUCGGAGUUGGUCGUGAAUGGCUAGGAUCUGGUAGCAGAAUCAUUGUGACAACCAGAGAUAAGCAUGUACUUAUACGUGAAGUUGUUGACAAAAUUCAUGAAGUCAAGAAAAUGAACUUUCAAAACUCCCUUGAACUUUUCAGCCUAAACGCCUUUGGCAAAACCUAUCCUGAAAAGGGAUAUGAGGAGUUAUCAAAAAGAGCAAUGGAUUACGCCAAAGGAAUCCCUUUAGCUUUGAAAGUUUUGGGAUCAUUUCUUCGUUCCAGAAGUGAAAAUGAAUGGCAUAGUGCACUGAGUAAAUUAAAGAAAAGUCCCAAUGUGAAAAUUCAGGCUGUGUUGAGAUUGAGUUAUGCAGGAUUAGAUGAUGAUGAGAAAAACAUUUUUCUAGACAUAGCUUGUUUUCUUAAAGGACAAAGCAGAGACCAUGUAACAAAAAUAUUAAAUGACUGCGAUUUUUCUGCUGAUAUAGGGAUAAGAAGUCUUUUAGACAAAGCUCUUAUCACUACUACAUAUAGCAAUUGCAUAGAUAUGCACGAUCUGAUACAAGAAAUGGGUAGAGAAGUUGUUCGUGAAGAAUCUGUUAAAUUUCCAGGGCAACGCAGUAGAUUGUGGGAUCCUGUGGAAAUCUAUGAUGUAUUGACAAAUAAUAGAGGAACUGCUGCAGUUGAAGGAAUAUGGUUAGAUAUGACUCAAAUUACACAUAUAAAUUUAAGCUCCAAAGUAUUCAGAAAGAUGCCAAACCUGAGAUUACUCACUUUCAAAUCUCACAAUGGAGACUCUGAGAGAAUUAAUUCAGUGUACCUUCCAAAGGGUCUUGAAUUCUUACCUAAAAACUUGAGAUAUUUGGGGUGGAAUGGAUAUCCAUUGGAAUCCUUACCGUCAAGAUUUUUCCCUGAGAAGCUUGUUGAGCUUUCCAUGCCAUACAGCAAUGUGGAAAAACUUUGGCAAGGAGUACAAAAUUUGCCAAAUUUAGAGAGAAUUGAACUUUGUGGCUCCAAGCACCUUGUGGAGUGUCCAAGGUUGUCUCAUGCACCAAAUCUUAAAUAUGUAAGUAUGCGCGAUUGUGAAAGCUUGCCUCAUGUUGAUCCAUCAAUUUUCUCCCUCCCGAAGCUUGAAAUUUUAAAUUUGAGCGGAUGCACAUCGCUUGAGAGCCUUAGCAGCAACACUUGGCCACAAUCUCUCCAAGUAUUGUUUUUAGCACAUUCAGGUUUGAAUGAACUGCCUCCAUCAAUUUUGCAUAUCAGGAAUCUCCAUAUGUUUUCUUUUUUAAUUAAUUAUGGUCUUGCGGAUCUUCCUGAAAACUUUACGGAUCAAAUUUCACUUUCUGAUUCAAGGAAACACGAAUGUAACGCUUUCUUCACCUUACAAAAGUUAAUGCCUAGCUCUGGCUUCCAGUCAGUAACACGUCUAGCAUUUUAUGAUUGUCAUAACUUAUGUGAAAUCCCAGACAGCAUCUCCUUGUUAUCAUCUUUGAAAUGCUUAAGCUUUCGUUAUAGCGCCAUCAUUAGCUUACCCGAAAGCUUUAAGUAUCUUCCAAGGCUCAAACUUCUUGAAAUUGGUAAAUGUGAAAUGCUGAGACAUAUACCUGCUCUUCCACGAUCCAUUCAGUUAUUUUAUGUCUGGAACUGUCAAUCUCUUCAGACAGUGUUAAGUUCAUCUGCUGAAUCAUCCAAAAGACCCAACUGUACUUUUCUGGUCCCUAACUGUAUAAAAUUGGAUGAACAUUCAUAUGAUGCAAUUUUAAAAGAUGCCAUUGCUAGGAUUGAACUUGGAUCAAAAUCAUUAUCUGCAGUAGUAUUAGAAAAUGAAGAAGAUGCAUCCUCGGACAAUGAGGGCACUGAUUUUUAUUUUUUCAAAUUAGCAAGAAAUGGUACGAUUUGCUACUGUUUACCAGCUAGAAGUGGAAAAGUUCGAGACUGGUUCCAUUGCAACUUUACACAAUCUUUGGUCACUAUUGAGCUUCCCCCUAAUUUGUUGUGUUUCAUUUUCUACAUGGUUGUUUCUCAAGUCCAAUCAUGCAACAUCGGAUGCUAUGGAAGUAUUGGAUGUGAAUGCUACUUGGAAACCAGCUGGGAUGAAAGGAUCAAAAUACCAAGUUUCUUUGUAGAAGAAAAUAUCUUGUCUAGUCUUGAUCCUCAAUUUGGAUUUAUGGCAGAUCACAUAUUUUUAUGGUAUGAUGCACAAUGUUGUAAGCAGAUAAUGGAAGUAAUUAAAGAAAGGAAAGCCAUUAAUGACAAGAGCACCACUCAUCCUCCAAAGCUUACAUUUAAAUUCUUUGCUCAAACUGAAGAUAACAAUGAAGCAGUGGUCAUAAAAGAGUGUGGGUUUCGUUGGAUGUUUUCCUUAGAAGAAAGAGAAUGUAAAUUCAAGAGAAGCAGAGAAAUUCAUGAAGUAGAAGCCAAUGUUUUCAGAAAUCAAGUCAAGGACUCUGAGUCUAAUGAGCAAGAAGAAACAUUUCCUCCAACCAAAAAAAUUAAGCAAGGUGUCUUCAGAACUUCAAACUUGGAAGCAGAAGAAAAAGAGGACUUGAGACGUCUUCUUGAAGAACUCCGGCUAUAACACUGUUGCAAUCUGAAGAUGUGCAAGCAAUAGGAUGCAGGGGCAUAAAAUGGGUAUGAAUAUGGUAGUAUGAUCAAGCAUUAAGUCCAUUUUAUUGUUCUGGGUCAUUUUUAGGUUCAAUUAUUUAAGAGUGAACUUUCUUUCUGAAGCAUAACAUAUUUUAUACUCUUUUGUCUUUUUGCAAGUAACAUAACAACAAAAAUAUAUUUCUAACUCAUAUUUUUUAGUUUUUAUAGUUUUAUUUUUUCUAUCUAAAAUUAUAAAUACAGAAAUAAAGUCAACUAUUAUGAGGGAUAGAGGCAGUGGUGACAGUUAUGUAUAGAAACUGCAAGAUAACAGAUAUGUGUAUAAAAUAACUUAUAGUAGUUAUGUAUUAGGAUUAUAUAUCACAUAGUAGGUUGAAUAAUUAGACAUUAAAGUUAUUUUCUCCUUGUGGACGGAGAAUGAUAGUUAAAUAGGAGUGUUGUUAAUACUAGUGGAAAAUUAAAAUCUAUUUUGCAUUCAAAAUAUACUAUAACAAUAAUAAAUAGAGAAAAUUAGAAUUGUGUAUCCGGAUGCAUAUUCUUGAAAUAACCAAAAAAAAAAUUCAAUAAUGUGAAGACUUCAUGUAUAUUUAUACUGAAAUCAAUCUCUAUUAUCAACUCUUUGAUGGUUGGAAUUCUAAAGAACAAAUUCUCUUUCUACUUUUCAGGUCUAGAAACUAAACCUGAACUUUUCUAAUUUGUGUCUAAUACACUUCUCUUAACCAAAUGCUUAUAUUUAUUAGAGAUAUAGAUUUGGAUUUUUUUUUCAAAAGGAGAUAUUUGAUUUACAAUAAUUAUAUAUAUCUCUAUCUCUUGUAUAUCUCAUAUCUCUUUAUCUUAAAAAAAGUUUCCUAAUUUAAGAUAAAGAUAAUUCCCAAAUAAUUAUACGACUAAUUAUAGUAACUAAUCCUAAUAUGUAGUAAUAGAAUAUUAUUCUUUUGUGGACAACUUCUGUAUUUUUUUGUCCUAGAUCAAAGAACACAGGUGUCCCAUAACUCAUUGGGCCAAAGACUAAUCUCGUAAGAGAACUUUGCACAAGGUGAGAAUCAAACACAAGUUCUCCCACUAAAUAAUUCACACUCAUGUAAACGCAACGAGAGCUUACACCGUUGUGCCAACCCUUUGGGGUUAACUUCUGUAUUUAUAAAAGGAUACUCUUUGUUUAGAUUAAUUAUAUUGUCGGUGCUAAAGAAUAUAAUAAUAUUUCACUAAAAUAUUUAUUUGAUUAAAUUAAAUUCUUUAAUUUAAUUUUCAAAUAAAUUACUUUCUUAUGCAAAAGAUUGGAAUAUUCAUUUGUGUGUAACCCCAUAAGUUCAAUACUAAAUGAAUUGUAAUUAAUUUACUAAUCAAAGUAGACAUCUUGAUAGCAUGAAGUAACAUCUUCUACCUUUAAGAAUAAGAGAAGAAUAAUGUAAUAUUUUAUCGCAUUAUAUUAGUGUCAAACUCUAGAGUAUACUAUUAGUAUCAAACUAUAAUAAAUUAACACAUUAUACUUAAUCAAUGAAUGACUUAAGAAAUUUUUUUUCUUCUUUCAUUUAAUUCUCAAGUCUUAAUUAUAUCAUAAAGUUAUCUCAAGAAUAAUUUAGAUUAAAAUUAUAAAACUUAUUUCUCAUUAUCAUAAUCUAUACCAUGAUAACAAGUUUCUAAUUUUAAUCAAGGACUAAUCAAAUUAACAAUUUAACAAAAUAAUAAAUAAAAUAAAGAAUAAUUUUUUACCAAAAUUGAUAACAUAAUAGAUUAGAUCAUGAACAUACAUUUAUCCCCAAAAGAGGAUACUCUCUAAAGGGGACUUUUGUGUCUGGAACAACAAGUGUGAUUUCAGUGUUCAAUAAACAUCAAUAUGCUGAGUGCAAAAUGCUCAAUAAAUUCAUAAAAAUCUUGAAAUUUGUUCUCAAAUGCGAUUAAGAAAGCCUUUUUUCAUCCUGACCCCUGAAUUCAAGUUAGCAACAUAAGCUUGAAGUUUAAUUCUCAAUUGUUGCUUAUUUGAUCAUGAGGGUUUUCCCUUAUACCAGAAGUUUUAGUGUGUUGAUUUUGACAUCUGUCGUUGUACACAUACACUGUUUACUACUGUUUAUCAACAAGAAAUAGCGUUAAAUAUGCAUUGGCAUCUCAGAUUGGCAACCAUGAAGAUUAAAGUUGCAUUUACCUGUAGCAACUUCAAGAUUGUACAAUGAAAUGCUGACACAGGUUCCUUCACCUGUAUGUGCUUGUAAUGUUUAGUUCACGAAAGGGUGUUUAGAACAGUUGAUGACUUUGUAUGGCCUAUUGAUACUCCAUUCCUUGGUCGCUUCAUUAUUGAUGUUGAAUUUCUUGACCUGAAGACUUGCCCUGUGAAUGUGAGUCCCUGAUUUUUAUAAUCAUUACUACAUUUAUAUGAUAUUGAUGUAAAUAAAUUUUAUAAUUUAUGCAUAAAUGUAAUGUUUGUUUUUUCCUCUAAA